GGAACCAGAGGGGGGCGAGCCGGUGCUGGCGCCACCCCUUCGCCGGAGUUUUAGAGGUAGUAGUAUUACUAAUCGCAGGUCGAGAUCUCUGCGGCCAGACCUGCGCCCCGUCUUCUUCUUCGGCCAGACCUGCGCCCCGGCUAUGCUGAGAUCCACCCCCGUCUUCUUCUUCGGCCAAACCAGAGGUGUGUGUGUUUUUUUUAAUUAAAUCAUUUAGGCAAAACGACGUCGUUUGGUUAAGUGCACAGUAACGGCAGAAACGACGUCGUUCCUCUUGGAGUUGGAGUUGGGCACUUGGGCCAUUCGCCCGUUCCAGUCGCCCGUUCUCGGAUCUCUUCGCACUUCGCCCGUUCCAAUCGCAGGUCGAGAUCUCUGCGGCUAACUGCCUUCAUGUCUUCGCGACUUCGCCAAUCGCAAAUUUGCAGGUGAGCAGGGCCAGCUCCAGCCUCCAGGUCGAGUUCCGCCCCUGAGCAGAUCGCAGUCGCAGACGGUCCCAGACUCCCAGGCUUCGAGUCCUCUGUCCGCCAGGCCCAGGUCGAGUUCCGCCCCGCUGCAAAUCUCAAGGUUUGAUUUGAAAUUAUUUUGCAAGUUUAUUUUGAGUGAUGAGUGAUGAGUCCUCUGUGCAAUUAUUUUGAGUCCUCUGUGCAAUUAUUUAAUUUGAAAUUGGACUGAUGAGUGAUGAAUAGCUUUAAGGUUUGAUUUUAAUUUGCAAGUUUAUUGAUUCCUCAAUACAAUUGCUUUUUAUAGUAAUAAUUGAUUAUAAGCUUGAAUUGGUAAAACCCUAGACCGUAUAAAAUUGAAAUUGAAAGUGCUUUAAUUGUUUUAAAUUUUAAUUGAUUAUAAGUAUUUAAGAAUUUGAAAUUGAAAUCUUUUUUAACUUGUUAGGUUACUCAUGCGAUCAUGUCUAUUUUACAAUUUGUAACACGAGAGGGUGGACCUUCUAGACGAGAUAACGAAGAAAGUAGUAGAGAAAAACAUCCUCGUGUCGAAUUUGAUCCAAAUGAUAUUGUGUCUGAUCCUGGAUUACGUAAGCCAAUAUUCAAGUAUAAUUCUUUUAUUAGAGACCAGGUUAUGAGAGAAUAUUUAACAAGAGGUCCGUGUAGACCGAUUGGCCAUGUAUAUCCUAAGAGAGUGUAUGGUAAAGAAAAGAGAAGUUUUCAACCUGCUUGGUUUGAGAAAUAUCCAUGGUUGGAGUAUAGCAUUUCAAAAGAUGCUGCUUAUUGCUUGUGGUGUUAUCUUUUCAAAGAUUCAAAUAAAGGAAACCGAGUUGGAGAAGUUGCAUUUACCGAGAAAGGGGUAAAUAAUUGGAAAAAAGCACUAGAUAUAUUCAAUACUCAUGUUGGUGUGGUGGGUAGUGCUCACAAUAAUGCUAGAGUGAAACUUGAAACUUUUCAAAAUCAAAGACAAAGUAUCUCACAUUUGAUAAGUGCACAUGGACGGGAAAUAGAAGCUGCGUAUCGCAUUCGUUUAACCGCAAUUUUGGAUGUGAUACGAUUUCUGUUGAAGCAAGGUCUAGCAUUUCGUGGUCAUGAUGAGUCAUCUAGUUCUUUAAAUAAAGGUAAUUUCCUUGAAUUACUAGAAUGGUAUAGUCAAAGAAAUGAAGAGGUUGCUAAUACAUUGAAUGAGAAUGCUCCCGGAAAUAAUCAAAUGACAUCUCCAAAAAUUCAAAAAGAAUUAACUAAUGCUUGUGCAUUUGAAGUCACACGAGUUAUUCUUGAAGAUAUUGGAGAUAAUUUAUUUACUCUUAUGGUUGAUGAAUGUAGAGAUGUUUCAGUUAAGGAGCAAAUGGGAGUUGUUUUGAGAUAUGUGGAUAAACGUGGAUAUGUGAUUGAACGUUUCCUUGGCAUUGUGCAUGUUACUGAUACUUCUGCUAUGUCUUUGAAAAGUGCUGUUGAUGAGUUGUUUUCAAAGCAUAAAUUGUCUUUAUCAAAACUCAGAGGUCAAGGAUAUGAUGGCGCUUCAAAUAUGAGAGGUGAGUGGGAUAGUAAGUGGGAAAGGGAAAAAUCAAGAAGUAAGUUUGAGAAGACCGGGGGAUACUCGUUGGGGGUCACACUACAUAACUAUUGUGCGUUUGAUGUCUAUGUGGACUUCGGUUUUAAAAGCACUUGAAAAUGUGCAUGAUGAUGGAGCUACCGAGGAGCGGGGUAUGGCUUCAAGUUUAAUCAACAAGAUGGAGAAUUAUGAAUUUGUCUUCGUUAUGCAUUUAAUGAUGUAUUUGUUUGGAAUUACUAAUGAGUUGUCUCUUGCCUUGCAACAAAAAGAUCAAAAUAUUGUUUUGGCAAUCAACUUGAUUGGGACAAUGAAAGUUAGAUUGCAAGAAUUCCGAGAUAAUGGGUGGGAGAGUCUUUUAGAAGAAACAAAUACAUUUUGUGAAAAAGUCAACAUCCCGAUCUUAAACAUGGAAGAAGAAGUACUAAUUCGUGGGCGUAGUAGACGAAGCAGAAACACAACCACAAAUUUGAUUCACUUUCGCGGCGGAAUCUUUUGUGAGGUAUAUGACUAUGUCUUUUGAUUAUUUUUUAAUAUUAGUAUUGUAUUCCAUUAUUUUGAUUAUAUUAUUUUGUACUAUGUAUUAGGUU